GUGAACUGCAGUAAUUUGACACGUUUCGCUUCCGGUUGCUCUCAGAUGCCUGUACUUCAGGCACAGAAGUGUUGGCAAUGCAGCCGCCCCUCCCGACAGCCACAGUCAGAGAGCUGGUGUGCUCCUGUCUGCAUCGAGACCCUGUAGCGUCGGACCUGCGCUGCAGCCUAUUCGUGGCCGCCGUACAGAGCUAUAAACGUGAUUCAGUGCUCAGACCAUUCCCUCCUCGCUACCUUAGAGGAGAGAUCAAGGACUUUGAGGAGCUGCAAAAAGAUGUGGACACCUUACCAAAUGUGAGAGAUCUGGUUCGUCUGGGACAUGGAAAUGGAGACCAUCACCUGGCUCUUGUGCACUGGGUUCUCUCGUCUAAGGGUUUCGCUGUGAAGACCCUUCAGAAAGAGGAGUUUUCCAGACUCAGUCAGCUGAUCCAAAGUGAAGCGGUGUCUGCUCCAGCCCCAGACUUCCUCUUUGAACUUCAGUACUGUGAUCUGCUCAACUCCAAGUUUGAGAGGACGCGGGCUGGACGGGAUCUAAUCUAUGCAUUCCAUGGCAGCAGACUGGAGAACUUCCAUUCCAUCAUACACAAUGGAUUACACAGCCAUCUGAAUAAGACAUCACUGUUUGGAGAAGGCACAUACCUGACCAGUGACCUCAGCAUGGCAGUCCUGUAUAGUCCCCAUGGUAAUGGAUGGAGGGAAAGUGUUCUCGGGCCAUUGCUCAGCUGCAUUGCCUUGUGUGAAAUCAUCGAUCAUCCAGAUGUAAAGUGUCAGGUGAAGAAGAAAGACUCAGAGAGCAUUGACCGCCAGCGUCUGAGGGCCAGGAACAGUGAAGGAGGUGAGGUGCCUGAGAAGUACUUUGUGGUGACCAACAAUGAGCUAUUGAGAGUGAAAUACCUGCUGGUGUACUCUCAGAGACGCUACAGAUCACGAAAUGCUCAAGGGACAUCAUGGCUCGUCAGACAUCAUUUUGCGAUAAUGAUGGGCCUCUAUCUUCUGCUCCUCAUAUUCAUUGGUGCCUUCAACUCAUCCGCUUUCCAGUCCUUCUGGCACAGAAUGUUCCGGUGACAAAGGCCACCGCUUGCAUCAUGUAAACCUUCUUGUCCAAAGUGCCUUUACUCACAAAGACUAUCGUGAAAGAGCCUUGUUCUAGGCAAAACAAGACAACGCUCAGGAACCGUUUUCUUCUGUCUCAAUACAACAUUCCUCCCUGUUUCAUUUUAUUUCUACAUGGUUAUCAGCUCCACCAUCACCCUUUAUUAUUUUAAGUAGUUUUGGGUGAUUUUCACAAAACCUAUCAAAAAAAUGUCCUGGUCCAUUUUUACUCUAAAAUAAAAAACUAAAACUAAUAAUUACAUUUUGCAUAAAGAAAAUUAAGCCUAUUUUUUAAGAUUAUUUUCAUGAUAGUUACACGCAUUUUCUCUCCCAAUUCUCAUUACCGUAGUGUAAAAAAAUAAAUAAAUGAUUACUUAAACUGUAAAGUAUUUAAACAUUAUAGUAGUACUCCCAUGGCACUGCCUUUUAAUUUUUGCUGAUUUUAAUUUGAAAAAAUUGAACAACAGUUUUGUUUUUAACUGUAAUAUAGUAGGAAAAAUAUUCCUGCGUUAUGGUAAUGAAAAUCAUCAUUGAAAGCAAUGGGAAUAGUGAAAGUAAAAUUUCCAGAUGCAUUUUGGUAAUGACAAUUGGGUAAAAUGUGCUUAAGUGUCCUGAACAUAAUCUUAAUGUAAGCUUCAAUUUCAUUUUGCAAACAUAAUUUCAUUUUUUUUUUUUUUUUUUUUUUUUUUUAUAUAUUGAUUUGGGGUUAAAUAUGACCAGAUCACUUUUUUGACAGGUUUCAUUAGAAUCACCCUUUGAUAUAAACACUGUGCAUUUACCAGAGUAAAACCUGCAUUUUGUGCAAAUUAGCUUUCUGAAUGUGUGGUUUUGUUACAUGUUAGCAUGUAGCCUAUUAAAUAAUGAUGGUAACUUUUCUACUGUUUGAAUGAUAAGUUCAUUACUUAAGUUAGAAACAAAUGAUCAAACAUUUUGUCUUUAUAAGCAUUGUUCACUAGUUUUAAUGCAUUGGUUUUUGGCCUAGACAUUGGCAAAAUUGCUGCUUGUAUUAAUACAUCUCAGAAUCAUAAGGGAAAUCAAAUCUCUAAGGAGUUUUUAUAUUAGAUUGAGGUUAUUGCUCUUGUGUAGAUUGUCAUAUAUUCCUAGACUACAGAAUUAUGUCUAGAUAAAGUCACUUAUGCAGAAGAACCAUGCCAUUAUGGUCUAUUUCAACAAAACUGUCAUUAAUAUUAGUCUUUAUAUUGCAUAAAUGUUUCUGACUUAUUAAUUUGAAUAAUCCAGUUUAUCUGAAUUGUGAAAUUAUUUAAAUAAAUACAAUAUCCUUCAAACAAUAUAGAGUGAAUAUUAGUGAAUUGGCUGUUAUCUUAGUUUACGGCUCCUGGCACCUUCAAGGUUUUGUCUGUCCAUUGUGUUUAUCAGUAAAAAACAACAGCAGCAAUACACGGCUGAUAACACAAGCGGCAUCUGUUUCAUCUUAAUAAAUGGAGCCUUAUUUGUGUGCUCUGUAGUUUAGCACCAAUUACUCUAGUUUUAAAAGUAGAAAAAUGACUGGAUCCCAUUGAAAAAUACUGAAACGUAUUGAAUUAAAUUUCUGUUUUCAGUUAAAAUGGUGGCCAUAUGGUAAAUUGACAUUCAUGAAAUAUUUUGGUGCAAUAUUUAACAUUUGUCAUUUGACAUUAUAAUAAUAACUGAAAAUAUAUUUUACUAUUAAAAUGUGUUCAUUUUUAAGGUAAUAUCCAUCUAUUCCAUGUGUUUGUUUCCCCAGAUUGAGAAAAUGUAUUGUAUGCUUUCUAAUAUGGGAAGCACCAUUGUAAACCUCAUAAACCUAAACAAUGUUUGCUGCCAAUAUAUUUAUCAGACUUAACCAUUUCCCUUAUUUAAGCAUAUUUAAGGUAGACAUCAAAAGAAUUGUGAACAAGUUGUUCUAUUGUGGAUCUGGGCUUUGUGCUGGCUCAUGCAUGGAUGAGUAAUUGCAGGCUCAUAAACAUAUUGUUAUUCAGUAACAAGCUAACAAGAGGGAAAGCAUCUAUUGUGGGUAAUUUUCCCAAAGGGGUCAGUUUCUGUCCACUCCUGCAUCUGACCUAAAAAAUUCAUCUUUUUUAUUGAAUAUGUAUGAGCAAUUUCCAUGUUGUAUGAUUUGCACACAGAGAUACUUUUAAAGAGGUAUUUUAAAAAAGAUGUUUAUUUAAAAAUUCACAAAUGUUGUACAAAGCAUUUAAACUGUAUGUUGCAUAACUUAUAAUUAUAUGUGUGUGUGUGUGUGUGUGUGUGUGUGUGUGUGU